GGGAUUAGUUUUGCUAUUUACAGCAACCUUUUCCUUUCCUUUUCUUGAAACAAAAACGUUUCUCUCUCCCCGUCUCUCUCUCUCUCAACACAUCACUUUCCUCUCUUUCUUCUAUUAUUGGUUAGCAGCUGGAUAUAUCUAUCUAUCAACACCCUCCUCUCAAAGAAUCAAACAGGUAAAAGAGCGCAACAAUCCACCAUUCUUAUACCUAAAGAGUUGCAUGUACAUCAAAAUACGAUUAUAGUUCCUGGAUUUCUUCUAUUUAAAAGGUUUUCGUGGGUUGUUUGCCUUGUUUUUGGAGGCUUUUUAAGAGUUAGAUCUAAAAGAUGAUCAUACCUAGCUGAAAAACCACUUUUGUUACUAUCAUUUUUGGGUGCGAUAGAGCUAUCAAUAGUCUUAUCUCAAAACUCUCUCCCAAUAUAUAUACUUUGAGAAAGAAAAGAAGUAGUUUGACUUUCGAGGGACACCAAUGGCGAGGGAGAAGAUAAAGAUAAAGAAAAUCGAUAAUAUAACAUCCAGGCAAGUGACUUUCUCAAAAAGAAGAAGAGGGCUUCUGAAGAAAGCCCAAGAACUUGCUGUUCUUUGUGAUGCUGACGUAGCUCUCAUCGUCUUCUCGGCCACCGGAAAACUCUUCGAGUAUUCAAGUUCCAGCAUGCAGGAAAUGCUAGGAAAGUAUAAGCUCCAUUCCAGUAACAAUCGGGAUAAAGUAGAUGACCCUUCUCUCAACCUGGAGCUAGACGAAAGUGAUGAAGUAAGAUUGUCCAAAGAGAUCUACGACAAGAACCGUGAAUUAAGGCAGUUAAGAGGCCAAGAGCUUCAGGGAUUAACCAUAGAAGAACUUGAACAUCUAGAGACUGUACUCGAAGGGGGCCUAAGCCGUGUGCUUCAGACAAAGGAUGAAAAAUUUGGAAAAGAGAUAUCCAGACUUGAAGAGAAGGGAGCUAAACUGAUGGAAGAGAACAGGCUGCUCAAACAAGAGAUGAUGAUGAUUACAAAUGGAAAGAGGCCGGGAACAACCGAUAAUGUGUUAAAUAAUCCUGAGGAUCAAGGUAGUUCACCAUCAUCUGUCACCACACAUGUAAAUAGCUGCAAUAGUGAACCUCCGCUUGAGGAUGAUGGCUCAGAUACUUCGCUUAAACUCGGGUUAGCGUUUUACUAAUGCUGAUAGAGUCAGAAGAAUGUUAGCUUUCAAGGGAUUGAGCAAAAAGUUGAAAUGAGUUUGAUGCUUUAAUUUGUUGUUAAAGAUUUUAUCGAGACUGUUUCCCCUUUCAUCAUUUCUUAUUUAUUCAUGUAUACUGCUAAAAUCUAACCUAGUUAUACAGUAUUUGUAAUAUUUGUAUAUCUUGUUUAUGUAUAAUUAGUUGAAAGUUA